GUUUGCCUCGAUUGGAACAUCCAGUCUCUCGGAUCCGAGGCAAGUGCUGUCUCGAUCACGGGAGGAGAGUGUCUAAUCAGAGGAAGUCUUGUCGCGAUCAGAAGGGUUUAUGGUCUGACCCGGGCAAAAGGUAGGUCUGGAAAGGAAGGGGAAAAGUUCGUUGUUGUUCUAUCUAUGCGAUCGGGCUCCCUUAUAUGGGCUUUUCACUCGAUCGGACUAACUACUCUUCCCCGUCGACCCGUCUUCCAACUUCCAAUCGUCUUAAAUCAAUCUCUGAAUCGCCCCGCCCUAUUCCACUACCCUACUCCCCCUUUGAAGAUGCCUUGAUCAGGACUCCUCCUCUGAUCAGUGGUGCUCUUCAAGGCUAGUCAGGACCAUCUUGUGUUGCUUUAGAGGGUCUUAGCUGUCAGCACGCCGCGCACUGCACUGCCAAAGGCUCACGUACACUGCACGCUUUCAACAUCUUUCUUGAAACUAUGCUCACGGAACAAUACGUAUAGCGCGUUGUACGAAACCCUUCUAAUACCAAAGUUGCAAACAACGCUGCCUUCCGUAGUGUUCUCUACGUGCAAUUGGAAUGG